GGUUGAUGACGCAGGCUGUCGGUCGGCCGGGGAGCAGCGGCAGUGGCGGCUGCAGACCGAUUGCAGCGGCCGUGGAUCAGGCAAGGACCCGGCGACAGCGGUUCAAAUUGCCAUGUCCCUGAUGUUCUCCCGCUCACACCCAGUUGCAGUUGGUAAGAAAGAUAAGCGUCUGAUGGCUGAGGUUAAUGCUUCUCCACUCAAGCACUUUGUUACAGCUAAAAAGAAAAUCAAUGGAAUCUUUGAGCAGCUAACAGCGUACAUCAAGGAGAGUGCUGCAUUCCUCAAAGAGACAUAUCAGAAUGGAGAGCUGGAUCCCAUCACCACAGAGGAGCAGGUGCUAGAGGUGACAGGUUAUCUCUCAAAAGUUGGAGGGAUCAGUGAAGUACUGGCACGGCGUCACAUGAAAGUAGCAUUUUUUGGCAGGACGAGCAAUGGGAAAAGUAGUGUGAUAAAUGCUAUGCUGUGGGACAAAGUUUUGCCUUCUGGAAUUGGCCACACCACCAACUGCUUCCUACGUGUCGAAGGCUCAGAUGGGAAUGAGGCCUAUCUGCUCACAGAUGGAUCUGAGGAGAAACGAAACAUCAAGACUGUGAAUCAUCUGGCUCAUGCGCUUCACCAGGAUCAACAACUCACUGCGGGUAGUCUCGUGUCUGUCAUGUGGCCAAAGAUGAAAUGUGCUUUAUUGCGAGAUGACCUGGUGCUAAUGGACAGUCCUGGGAUUGAUGUAACCACAGAGCUGGACAGCUGGAUUGAUAAAUUUUGCCUAGAUGCUGAUGUUUUUGUGUUGGUGGCAAACUCAGAGUCAACGUUAAUGCAGACGGAGAAGCAGUUCUUCCACAAAGUAAACGAACGAUUGUCACAACCCAACAUUUUUAUCCUCAAUAAUCGCUGGGAUGCAUCUGCAUCAGAACCUGAGUACAUGGAGGAGGUGCGCCGGCAGCAUAUGGAUCGUUGCACCAGUUUCCUGGUGGACGAGUUGGGAGUGGUGGAUCGGGCUCAGGCCACAGAUCGCAUAUUCUUUGUGUCAGCCAAAGAGGUUUUGAAUGCUCGCAUCCAGAAAGCACAGGGGAUGCCAGAAGGAGGUGGAGCACUGGCUGAAGGCUUCCAGGCAAGAAUGUUCGAAUUCCAGAACUUCGAGCGACGGUUUGAGGAGUGUAUCUCGCAGUCAGCAGUGAAGACUAAGUUUGAACAACACACAGUUCGUGCCAAGCAGAUCUCUGAGGCCCUUCGGCGAAUCAUGGAUUCCGUGCAUGUUGCUGCCACAGAACAGAGGGUACAUUGCCUGAAACAGAGAGAGGAACGAAUGGAUCGACUGGAGUUUAUAGACAAUCAAUUGGAUUUAUUGACCCAGGACUGUAAAGCUAAAAUCAAACAGAUCACUGAGGAGGUGGAGCGGCAGGUCUCGAAUGCAAUGGCAGAAGAAAUUCGCCAUCUUGCCACAUUGGUGGAUGAUUUUCAGAUGGAAUUUCACCCCUCUGCUGUGGUGCUCAGAGUCUACAAGAGUGAGCUUCACAAACAUAUUGAGGAAGGACUUGGGCGCAACAUGUCUGAGCGUUGCUCUGUCACCAUUACAGCCAGUCUGCAAAAAACACAACAGGAAAUGAUUGAGAGUCUGCGGCCACUACUGCCACCUACAGAGAGAGGUCAGGUAGAUGUGUUGGUACCUCGUCAGCGUUUUACUCUCAGCUAUGACCUAAACUGUGAUCGGCUCUGUGCUGACUUCCAGGAGGACAUUGAUUUCCACUUCUCACUUGGGUGGACAAUGCUCAUCAAUCGCUUCCUUGGCCCAAAGAGCAGUCGCAGAGCACUAACAGGAUACAACGACCAGGUGCCACGGCAACUACCUAUUACGCCAGUCAGCACCAGUUUACCACCCUUACCCCAGGGGUCCAUGACCCAAGAAGAACUCAUGGUUUCCAUGAUAACGGGAUUGGCUUCAUUAACUUCGCGGACAUCUAUGGGAAUAAUUGUGGUUGGGGGUGUGGUAUGGAAAGCAGUGGGUUGGCGGCUGAUUGCAUUGAGCGUGGGAAUGUACGGCCUUCUGUACGUGUACGAGCGUCUGACAUGGACGACCAGAGCCAAAGAAAGAGCUUUCAAACGUCAGCUUGUGGAUUACGCUGUUGAGAAACUACAGCUCAUUGUUGGUUACACUGGAUCCAACUGCAGCCAUCAGGUGCAACAGGAGCUGACGGGAACAUUUGCCCAGUUGUGUCAGCAGGUGGAUGUAACACGGCAGAACCUAGAUGAGGAAAUUAAAGAUCUAAAUAAGAAGAUUGAACUGCUGGAUUCAUUACAGAGCAAAGCCAAGCUGCUCAGGAAUAAGGCUGGUUGGCUGGACAGUGAGCUGAACAUGUUCACUCACCAGUACCUGGAGCAGAGCAGAUGAGAGCAACUGAUUUGUGCAAGAUUAAGAGAUGAUUCCUCCAUCUGCAACGCAGAUCCAACACUAACUACUAUGCUGAGAGAGGGUGGGGGCAAUGUUGGAAUUUUUUUUUUGCCCAGAAUAAUUUAUACACAUUUGAGAAUUGAUUUAAAACUGGGACUGAACUAAUAGUAUCGACUCAAUGAUCAGUGUUUGACUUUUUACAAUAUGCAUCACAACAGUCAGAAGGAGACCGCCUCCCUUUUCAUGAAUCAGUUCAGGCUUAUUGACUUUCACUUGCCGCACGGAACUUGUCUCCCUGAUCUUUUGGAGUCUUGAGGUCCAUGAUCUAGGGUGACCUAUGGGAUACUCCACUUAUGAUUCACAGACCACUUUUUAACUACAGCAAAAUAUUGGGCCUAUGUACAGCUGAAAGAUAAUGAAACAUUUGUAUUUUGACUGGAGAAUAAAUCAGUUCCUGAGGAAUGAAAAAAUCCUUCUGAUCCCAUUCCCCAAUCCUUACCCAAAUUCACAGUCUAUGUUGUCACAAACUUCUUGAUAAGAUUCCAGCCUGUAAUUAUGAGUCCUCUUGAUUAGAUUCCAGCCUAUUUUGAGUACCUCUUAUUCUAGGUUGUUUAAAUUAUUUGUACCCUAAAAUGAAUUGUUAGUGAGUUUUGUUUGGAUGGUAAGC